CCAACAUAAUACAAUUUUAUUAAAUUAAUUUUUAUUUACCAUAAACAUAUAUAUAUACAUAACACAUUGUCAUUUUCAGUCGACUGUAGAAAUCGUUUUUUCGAUUAUUUUAAUAAACGAAGAAAGAUUUAGUGUGAAAAUAAAAAAAAAAAAAAAAAAAAAAAAAAAAAAAAAAAAGAGAAAAAAAAGAAAGACAUAAUAUCGUUGACACUUAUACUAUUAUCUUCGAAUCGAUGAUUGAAAAUCAUUUUAAAGAUAUCAAGAACAUUAAGGAUGUACCGUAAGUCCUAUCAAAGUGGAUUUUUAUCAAUCUUGUAUAGCUGUGGAUCAGCUCCUUUGGAAUUAUGGGGCAUGCACGUAAAGAACGGAUAUAUAAGACGGGUCAUCGACGAAGAGGUAAAAUCAUUAGCGUUGGAAUUAGCUGGAACUAAUGUGGCAACAACCUACAUUUUUUGUCCAGCAGAGAAGAAAAAGGUUCUUGGAAUUUCAUUACCUUUUUUAAUAAUGAUUAUUAAGAAUAUGAAAAGAUAUUUCACCUUCGAGAUAACCAUUCUUGAUGACAAGAACAUGCAUAGAAGAUUUCGUGUAAGCAAUUUUCAAAGUACUACAAGGGUCCGUCCAUUUUGUACGACCAUGCCAAUCGGUUUAUCCGGUGGAUGGAAUCAAAUACAAUUUAAUUUAGCUGAUUUUACACGGCGUGCUUACGGCAGUAAUUACGUCGAAACGAUGAGGAUGCAAAUACACGCAAAUUGUAGAAUUCGACGAAUAUAUUUUGCGUCUAGAUUGUACAGUGACGAGGAAUUACCAGCUGAAUAUAAAUUGUUUUUACCUAUACAUCGAAAGAAAUGUGUCAGAGAGAAAGUUGACGUUAAAAAAAUUAGUAAACACGAGAAACCAGAGAUCGAAGAACCACCAGUAUUAUAUAAAACUCCGUCCGAACAAAUUAUUAAAGAAGAAAUCAAAAAAGAUGUUGAAGAUGAAAUUCCAUCGGAAGUUCCAUUACCACCAGAAGAAGUCCAUAUUCCUGAAACCGAAGUACCGAUCGAAGAUGAAAUGGAAGAGGAUGAAUAUGAGAUAGAACAUGAAUAUGAAAUCGAUGAUAGACAUUUAUUUGAAGAGGAAGACACUGCAAUAGCAGCUAUCGGGGCAGCUGUCGAGGCAAUUACCGAGGAACAUGAAGAAGAGGAUGAUUUUAUCUUAAAUGAAAUGGCCAUGGAAGAUGAGGGCUAACCGGAAGAAUAUGUUUCUGAAUGAUCAAGAUCUUAUAACGAAGCUUUUGAAUGCUUUCUCAUUAUAUUUUAUCUAUUAUCUUAAUCUAAUAUCACAAAUUUAGUAACAAAAUAGAUUAAAUUAAUUGAUAAAAUUAUUGAUUUCAAAGCACAUAAUAAUUGUAAUAUAACAAAUUUUACUGCUAUUAUUAAAAAUGCACGUUAUGAUCGACGUUUGACACGUGUGCAUUAAUACAUAGGAAAAAGUUAUUAAUAUGAUUGUAUUUAUUCGUUUUCUUUACUAAUCAAAUAAAAAUUUAAUAAAUGAUUAUUACGUUACAAAGAUAACUAAAGCAGAAUCUAAUGAGAAUCCAUAAAAUCUUGAAAAUCCCUAUAAAGACAAUAAUUCGUAUUAAAUUUUAA